AUGGCGACUCCAAUCAUUCCCGCGCGGGCUGUCAUCCCGUUCCUGGUGGCCAUGAUGCUGUUCACGGGCGUCUGCAACACGCUUUUGACCAAGUACCAAGACAACCUGUGCGUCCGCGACUGCGACAACCCAAACCCCAACAAGCGCCGCCACUUUGAACAGCCAGUCAUUCAAACCCUGCAGAUGUUCGUUGGCGAGAUGGGCUGCUGGCUAGUCGUCGGCCUGCUGUCCCUCUACCGCCGCUACACCUCUACCUCCACCACCUCAUACCAGCCCAUCCCCACCACCUCCGCCGCCGACGACGACGAAGAUACCGUCAACACCAACCCGCGCGCCGCCGCGGACAACGCAAGCAUCCACUCCACCACCGCCCUGAACCCCAACAAGCCCGCGCAACGCCGCUCGGUCCUCCGCGGCUGGCGCGUGACCCUCCUCGCGCUGCCCGCCAUUUGCGACAUUCUAGGCACGACGCUUAUGAAUGCGGGUCUGCUGCUCGUGGCGGCGUCCAUCUAUCAGAUGACGCGCGGCGCGCUGGUGCUCUUUGUCGGCCUGUUCAGCGUCGUGUUUCUCAAGCGGCACCUGCACGCCUUCCAGUGGCUGUCGUUGGUUGGCGUCGUGGUCGGGGUCGGGCUUGUCGGGCUGGCGGGCGCGAUUCAGCCUGAUAAGAAGCACGCUGCUGUUGGCGGGAAUGGGAUUGCUGGUGGUGAGCAUGAGGGUGGAGUGGCGAUUGGGGAGGAUGCGCUGCGGGUGGUGGUGGGCGUGUUGAUGAUUGCCGGGGCGCAGGUGUUUACGGCGACGCAGUUUGUGUUGGAGGAGUGGAUCCUUGAGAGGUCGGCUAUUGAGCCGAUUCGAGUGGUUGGUUGGGAGGGCGUGUUUGGGUUUACCGUGACAUUGCUGGGGAUGGUGGUGCUGCAUGCGGCCAUUGGGAGGACCGAGGCCGGCAGGUACGGGCCGUUUGAUAUGGUUGAGGGGUGGCGCCAGUUCUGGCAGCAUCGUGCGGUGUUUGUCUCGAGUAUCAUGAUCAUGAUCAGCAUUGGUGGCUUCAACUUCUUCGGCCUAUCGGUCACGCGCAGCGUCAGCGCCACGUCGCGCUCGACCAUCGACACGUGCCGGACCCUCUUCAUCUGGAUCGUCUCCCUCGGCCUCGGCUGGGAGACGUUCAAGUGGCUACAGGUUGCUGGCUUUGUCCUGCUGGUUUACUUCACGUUCCUCUUCAACGGCAUCGUCCAGCCGCCGUUCAAAUUCCUCCGUGUGCGCGAGGUUGAGGAGCUGCUUCCUGAAGAGCCCAUCGAGCAUAACUAG